AUGUAUGUGAAAUGCUUUGAAACAGUAAUGUUUUACUAUGUGAUUUUAGUGUAUUUAGUGAAUGUCACUUUUUGUCAUUUUCAACUUUCCUGCCGUUCAGUCCCCGUACGUCCCGACGCUCGCAGAGGAUGGAACCCAGAUGACAGAUGCUGGCAUCCGCCGGAGGACAUUGCCGGGGACACUGCAGGGGGGACAUCGCGGGAGCGCAGGACAAGGUAAGUGAAGAACAGAUCCCGGAGCAGCGCCGCAUAGUAAGCCCGAGUGUAGCUUGGGGUUACCACUUGUGCUACACUCGGGAAUACAGCCAGGGAGGCUAC